CAUCAGAGAAAGAGAGUCGAUCUUCUUAAAAGGUCUCCUCGUGGUCUCUGACCUUUUGCCACAAAAGGGACGACGCCAUGGUAGAGAUAGAGCCACAAGAAAAAAAGGACUAUCUGCUGCCCAGGUAGAGACCCUAUAGCAAGUGAAGGCAGGCGCUUUACCUGGUGUGGAUUCGGCCGGUGGUGAUGUCAUAUUGGUUCGAAGCACGGUGGUGAUAUCACAUUACUCACAUGGAUGCUGAUCCUAUGUGAACCGUGAGACAAGAAAAACUUCUCCUAUAUCUAAGAUUUGCGCCUUCUUCUUUCUUCUUAUUGUUCCACUGUGAUUUUGUUUUAGGUGUCUUGCAAAUGGAAAUAUAGUUUCUAUUUGAGAGUUCUCUAAGGUUGUAUGGCGACCACUAUGCCUUUGAGGAAAUUGAUCUCGUGUGUCGUCUUAGAUUUGGAUGGUACACUCCUCAACACGGAUGGCAUUGCCGGUGAAGUGUUAAAGGCCUAUUUGGGUAAGUAUGGCAAGCCAUGGGAUGGCAGAGUAGCUCAGAGAAUAGUUGGGAAGACACCUAUUGAGGCUGCAGCUGCUAUUGUGGAGGAUUGUGAGCUACCCUGCACGGUGGACGAACUUAUGUCAGAACUUGAUCCAAUGUUCUCUGAUCAAUGGUGCAACAUUAAACCUCUUCCAGGUGCCUCACGAUUGAUUAAACAUUUUAAUGGUCAUGGAGUGCCAAUGGCUUUGGCUUCAAACUCUCCAAGGGCUAGUAUAGAAGCCAAAAUAUCCUAUCAGCCAGGAUGGAAAGAAUCCUUUUCUGUUAUCAUUGGCAGUGAUGAGGUGAAAAUGGGGAAGCCAUCUCCUGAAUUAUUCCUUGAAGCUGCCAAAAGGUUAAACAGGGAACCUUCCAGCUGCCUUGUCAUUGAAGAUUCAUUAACAGGUGUUGCUGCUGGUAAGGCAGCUGGAAUGGAAGUGGUUGCUGUUCCAUCUUUUCCAAAACAGUCACAUCUAUACAUGUCAGCAGAUGAGGUCAUCAACUCUCUGUUUGAUCUACGACCUGAAAAAUGGGGCCUGCCACCAUUUCAAGAUUGGGUGCAGGGUACUUUACCAAUUGAACCUUGUUAUAUUGGAGGACCUGUUGUUAAGGGAUUUGGUCGUGGCUCAAAGGAACUUGGAAUACCCACAGCUAAUCUAUCCACAGAAGGCUAUUCAAAUAUGCUCUCCGAAUAUCCUUCAGGGGUGUAUUUUGGUUGGGCUGGGCUAUCGACACGUGGUGUCUUCAAGAUGGUCAUGAGUAUUGGCUGGAAUCCAUAUUUCAAUAACCCAGAGAAGACCAUUGAGCCAUGGCUACUUCAUGACUUCGAUGAGGAUUUCUACGGUGAGGGGCUACGCCUUACUAUCGUUGGUUAUAUACGACCAGAGACCAAUUUUCCAUCUCUCGAGAGCCUGAUAGCCAAAAUUCAGGAGGACAGGAGGAUUGCAGAGGCGGCCUUAGAUCUUCCCUUCUUCACAAGAUACAAGAAAGAUCCCUACUUGUCAAUCUCUUCACUGAAUAAUGAGCAUCAUCCAUGACAUAAAACAUUUAUCUGUGUCCCAGCUGUGGAGAUUCAUUAAGAAAAGUCCAUCUCCUGGUACCCAGACAAAAUUUUGGGGGGGGGGGGGGGGGUGUUUGGGAGAAACACAAUUCCUUGCCUAGUCUGUGUAGAAAGGUAGUGCUAAUGCACCUACUGCCUCAUGAAGGCUUAGUUAGUUUUAGGGAUUGGAGUUCUCAGCUUCUUAUUAGACAGAAUGGAUGCCUUAAAUAAAUUGAAACAAAAAGAUAAGGAACUCUCUCCCUAAUAUCCCCACCCUACAAGUUGUGUUUUUCCACAAUAUCAUUUGUAUGAAUAAUUUUACAAUGAAACAAACAGGGCCAAGUUUAAUGGUGUUUCCCGCCCAACUCA